CGAACGAUUCACUUCCUGUAUGAGUGUAGCGAAGAUUUUCAUGCGGCUUACACAAAUGUGUGCAUCUGUCAGCCAGAGGUGAACAUGGCAGACGUUUCGGAGAGGACACUACAAGUCGCCGUCGUGGUUUCUUUCGCCGCCGGCUUCUUGGCGGGCUGGCAGGCCAACAGAAUGAGGAGAAAGUUCCUGGACUGGAGGAAGAAACGACUGCAAGACAAACUGUCAGAAACGCAGAAGAAGCUGGACCUGGCUUGAGUGGUUUGGGGCUCUCCUGUGUCCUGCACUGGCUCACCUGUGUCCUACACUAUACCUGCAUUUUCCUGCCACACCUUUUAAAUCAAGACUGGACUUAAUACUGUCUAUUGUCUUUGGAAAUAUAACCAUUACCUUUACACAGCAGCUUCUUGUCUGCCUUCAGACACUAAUAUGGAAGAUCAUGGGAACUUUGUCUUCAGAUGUUUUCCACCUCAGCAUUUCUCAUUCUCUACCUGUUUAAUAUCUGGUCAACUAAGUUAUUGUGUUUUUCAGUAUUCCACCACCACUGGUGUAUGAAUGUGUAUUUGACAAAUGUGUGUGUUGUGAGGAAUUGAGGAAUUGUAAAGCUCUUUGCUCUGCUCCUAGGAUGUUUGUGCUCCAUAAAUAUAGUCAAUUUGCCAACAAAAGAUUCUUUAUUUGGAUGUGAACCUGAACCUGACUGGCUGCCAGUUUAUGAAUGUUCUAAAUAUUAAAAACUCAAUUUAAGUUUCA